AUUGCAAUUUUUCUAUUUUUCUAUUUUUCUAUUUUUCGUUAGCAUUCAUCUUCUAAAGAUUUUUAUUAUAUCAAAAUUCGUUCUUCAACAUUAUAAUUCCUUGUCCGGUUCUAGUAACUGUAGCGUACACUGACUCAAGCACAGGAAUUGGGUUUAUUUGAAUCCAUUACACUGAUUCAAGCACAAGAAUUGGAUUUAUAGAGGAAUUUUUUUGCCAGAGAUGUGAGUAUCUAUUAGCAGAAGGUCGACUCCAUAUUUUGCAGUGUAACAAAAUAUUUUGGCUCGUGGAAAAUCCUAAAGGAAUUAAGGAUGAGGAUAAUAAUAAUGGUUGGGUGCAGGGAUAAGACGAUGAUGGCAUUCCCUUGAAUUUCCUACAUUGCAUCCCUUGCACCUCCUAAAGUUGCAAGUGCUAGUUUUAUGUUAUUUCAAAUAACAUAUGUAUGCUUUUCAUCUCAUAGGCAGAGAAUAAGUUCACAUUUAUUCCAAAUGAUCCAAGGUCAUCCUCUGUCUUCAAGCAUGAUGUGAAUAUUUAAACCGGAGAAGAAUCUAGGGCACAGUAGAAUACAAAGCCAUCGAACCAGUAAAUUGGAGUAUUCUGUGGAGGAGUGUUCCCUGCCUUCUGGGGCUGAUCUGAACAUUCUCGGAGGUAAAAGGCAGGACGUUUGUUUAGGAUUUGUAGAGUUGAAGAGGUAUUGAACAUGGAGACACCACUGGCAACAAUGCGUGCCACAUACAAGACUAAAGUGAAGGACCCAGGCACACAGGGUGUUUUGAUUUUGACAGAGAAUAAGUUCACAUUCACUCCAAAUGAUCCAAGGUCGUCCUCUGCUCACAAGCUUGAUGUGAAUUUUAAAACCAUAAAAGGUCAUAAGUUCAGCAAAGAAGGUUCAAACACAGCACUUUUAAACCUCAUUCAGGAUCUGGCACUAAAGGGAGGUGGCUUUAUCUUUGAAUUCGACAAUUUCCAGGACCGAAAUGUCUGCCGAGAUCUUGUUGCUAACAUUCUUGCAAAGUAUCAGCCUCCAGCCACAGAUGGACAAAGUACACUAGGUGCCUCUCAGAGGUCUGAACUGGCCUCAACAGCUAUCCAUGGUGGGCAACUCAGUAAGGAAGAAAUGGAACGCAGGAUGAAGUUACUUAGUGAGGAUAGUGAGUUGCAGAAAUUGCACAAAGAACUUGUUUUUGGUGGUGUUAUAACAGAAACUGAAUUUUGGGCUACAAGAAAGAGUAUGUUAGAGGAAGAAGCAUUCACAAUUGCAAAGCAGCGGACUGGAUUAAAAAGUGCAAUGCUUGCAGAUGUCCGACCAAUGACUGACGGUCGUACAAAUAGAGUAACUUUCAACCUCACACCAGAGAUAAUUCAUCAGAUCUUCGCUGAAAAACCAGCUGUGCAUCGUGCUUUUCUAAUGAAUGUGCCCAAAAAGAUGAGUGAAAUAGAUUUUUGGAACAAAUAUUGUAAAGCAGAAUACAUCCAUAGAACAAAAAGUGCAGCUGCUGCAAAAGCAGAAGCUGAUGAAGAUGAAGAACUUGCAGUUUUCCUAAAAGACGAUGAUAUCUUGGCAAAUGAGGCUCGCCGAAAGAUUAGGAAGGUUGACCCAACUGUAGACAUGGCCUCAGAUUUUGCAGACGAUUAUACACACUUACCGGAUCAUGGAAUUGUUCGGGAUGCUGGUAGAGAAGGAGCUGAAAUAGGUAGCAAACAGCCAAAACGAACUUUAUUACAAGAUAUCAAUCGACAUGCAGCUGUCGUUCUUGAAGGGAAGGCUUUUGAUUCUGAGCUAGGAGAUACAAGGACAGUAGCUGAGGCACUUAAAAGAGCAAAGCAAGCUGAAAUAACAGCUGAAACAGUAGAUCAAGGAACUGAGCAAAGACGUCUGGAUAGGCUUAACAAAAUGACUGAAAUUGAUGACUUACAGGGCCCUCGUGGCCUUCCAUUUGUUCCACUCUAUAUAAAGGAUCCCCGUCAAUAUUUUGAUUCACAACAAGCCAAUGCAGUUAGAGCUCUAGGAGAGGCAGACUCUUCCAUAAACUUAAAUAGGGAUCAAUUUCAUCCUGAUGAAGUUUAUACUUCCAUAGGACGACAAAUCUUGGAGAUCAAAAAACAUGGCAUGAAAGAUCCAGUAAUUUAUCCUGAUGUAGCGCUUAAGGUUCUUAAUAGCUUAACUCAAUAUAUUUCAAGUACAAAGUAUCACCUUGGGAAGAACCCUGAAAAGGACAUUCUGGAUAAACUUCCCAGGAAAACAAAGGAUGAAUUGUUGGAGCAAUGGACAACAAUUCAGGAACUACUUCGACAUUUUUGGGCUUCAUAUCCACUUACUACUGCAUUCCUUACCAAUAAGGUAGGUCGACUAAAAGAUGCUAUGACACAGAUAUAUCAAAAAUUACAGUCAACCAAGGAAUCGGUAGAAUUGGAAUUUCGUCAUCAAGUUUCAUUGCUUAUCCAACCAAUGCUUCAGGCAAUAGAUGCAGCUUUGGCACAUCAUGAAGCAGAACUACAAAGGAAAUCUGCCAAAAGUGCCCCAAAGGUCAAUGGAGUAAUUUAGUAUGAUUCUUGCUCUGGAUUUGAGAAAUUUGUCCUCACAUCCAUUGCAAUUUUAAUUUGUUAGCAUUUAAUCGCACCCCCUCUCUGUCACCUGCUUGUUCUUAACUGUUAAUUCAUUUGUUUCUCAUCUAUUAGUAUGAUAUUUCAACUGCUCAUCCUUGUAGAAAGAUGAACUAUGUUCUCGGAAGAAACUUCUGCAGCUUGUAGCUAAAAUUUUGGGCUGUUCAUAUUGCAAUGCCUUUUUAAUUUGAGAGAUCAAUCCUCCAAACUGGCCUGAGUCUUGGUAUCCUUCACUUUAUAGUUUAUACCAUUUUUAUAUUUUAGUGUGGAGGAAUUUCUUUUUGGUGAUUAAAUGUCAAAUGCAGUGGGGAAAUUAAUGCCAUUGCGAUUUUGUGGGAUAUCACUUAUCCAAUGCUAUUGAUAGCAUUUAUUUCCAAUUGUCAUUUUGUAAUUUAAUUUACUAGGGUUCUCAAUAUAUAUUUUUUUAUCUAGUUUCAUCGAAAAACA